CCCUAAUCCCAUGAUGCAACAGAAAUAAUGUUAAUUGGCAUUUGGCGCGAGUCCCGAAAUCUCCCUUGUGUGUGUAUCCUGACAACAUAUUACAAACGUCAACUUUAGGUUUCUGCAAGGGAACCAAUUAAAAACAGAUUUUUUACAGAUUGGUGAGGCAGAUUCUCGAGGGCCAUGAAGCAGUUGUCGUCAAGCAGCUGUCCUACUCAACAUCAGUAUAUCGCCAGCGGAUUCAUUGAAGAGGAAGACCAGGAGCCGACCAAUGUAUCACAGAAACGGAAAAGAUCUUCAUCUGCUUCUUUGAAGUUCAGUAGCCCUAAAGAAGAAGUCCAGACAAGCAUAAAUCAGCUGUUAGACAGAGUACCAAAGGUCGAUGAACUCUUUACAAUUAGCAAAAAAAUUGGUGAAGGUACUUUCAGUUCAGUGUACCUUGCUACUUUGAAGAAGUUUUCCAAUCUUAAUAGCCAGUUUGCUCUCAAGCACAUCACACCGACCAGCCACCCCGAUCGGGUGUCCUUUGAACUGUACUGCUUGCAAACAAUAGGUGGAGUUGACAAUGUGAUGGCAACUAAGCUAUGUCUUCGAAACAGAGACCAUGUUGUCAUGGUGAUGCCAUAUUUUAAACAUGAGCGGUUUCAAGAUUAUGUGCGGGAGGUUGGUGUUGAUGAAGUCCGUGAUUACAUGUUAAAUCUUCUACUUGCCCUGCGGCGGGUGCAUUCGUUCAACAUAAUCCACCGUGAUGUGAAACCGAGCAAUUUCCUUUAUAACAGAAAGCUUAAAAAAUUUGCUUUGGUGGAUUUUGGAUUAGCGCAUAUUAUUCCCUCGUCGGCAGUGAUGAAGGAAAUACAAGAGGAAUCCAGGACCGGGUGCUCAACAUCUCUGUCCUUGGCGUUAGCCUCUAAAUCUAGUGGAUCUUCGCAUUUGUCACCAAGCAAGCGAAGGGCAAGGAGGAUUAUGUCGUACAGUGAAAACCAGAUGAGAAGAAACAUUCAACGAAGGCAGUCCGUUCCUGUGCCAAACAAUGCCCGUCUAUCUGAACGAAAUCUAAACACAUUAAAUCAAAGAAUUGCCAGCUCACGGCACGAUGAACUUCAACGAAGACGUGAGCUUUCUCAGCAAUUGUUUAAAUCACCAAAGAAGAGUUCUCACCGGAACUCAUCAGUCACAACAAAACCUACAGUAACCAGGAGCAAAGAGGAUGUCAGAUAUCAGUCUAGGAGGAUAAGCACUAGUACUAAUAGGGGGCAGUGUUCUUGUUUCGGUACACAGAAUACAUGUAAUAUCUGUAUGUCGAGGACCGUAGAGGUGGCCGCUAGAGCCGGUACACCUGGAUUCCGGCCACCUGAGGUGCUCAUGAAGUGUCAGAAGCAAACAACAGCUGUUGAUAUUUGGUCGGCUGGUGUGAUUUUCCUGUCUCUCCUAAGUGGGCGUUACCCCUUCUUCCGUGCUUCAGAUGACAUGACAUCCCUAGCCCAGAUCAUUAGUAUUAUGGGUACUGACAAGAUGAAAGAAGCUGCCAGUAGUUAUGGUAAAACUCUCGUGUGUAGCCCAACCCUGCCAGCUUUAAAUCUCAAGACCCUUUGUGAGCAGUUACGGCAAGGCAAUGCAGCUUCCAAAGUACUGUCCACAGAAAAACAACCUGACACAUCAAAUUCAAAGAGAUCCAAAUUAUCAACUAAAAGAAUAUCUCCAAGUACACGAAAGACUUCUCCACGAUUACGGUCGCACGUUACAAAUGAAGAGAACAGUCAUUAUGUCUUUCCAGACUCUGCCUACAACCUGCUCUACCGACUACUGGAUUUGAAUCCGGCGACCAGGAUUACGGCUGAAGCAGCACUUGCGCAUCCUUUUCUUGCUCACAGCUCCUUCCAGAAAUGACUUGUGAUGACAUCAUUGAAAGUGAUGUCAUAAUUAACUAGUAAUGACAUCAUUGAAUGUUAAUGACAUCAUUAAAUGGUGAUACAGAAUUGUGAUGACAUCUGAAAGGUGAUGACAUUGGAUGGUAAUGACUUGGAAUGAUGAUGAUACUGAAUUAUGAUGUCAUCUAAAAGGUGACACGAUCAUUAAACAGUGAUGACAUCACAUCAUUUAAACAUGAUGACAUCAUAGAAUGGUGAUGCAAGUUAAAUGUGUUGAUAUUUCUAGUUGUGAUGAACAAUUUUUAUUUAUUAAAGCUCAUACUCAUAAGUGAAAGGCAUAAUAAUGUUGUAGCCCACAGUUGAUUAUUGUGAAAUAAAAACAAUCCUCCUGAUGAAUAAUUUGAAACAGCACUAUUUGUGAUUUGGGUCAUAGUUGCAUCACUCAUUCUUCACUGUCGCGCUUGAAAAAGCUGUAAAAAUAAUCUGUAGAUUAAAUACAAAACAUGUAGGCUUUGCAGUCAUAAAUUAAAUUUUUUAAUUCUAUACAGAAAUACUACUUAUAUGUAUAUAUGAAUUUUGAAUAAAUAUUUAUUGUU